AUGGACGCUGAACUUAACCCCGGUAAAAAAAGGUUAAAAAUACCAGCCUCGGCUUGUCAAAGUAUUGAAUUUACCAAGGGAGGAGAAAAAUUCUCCUAUAAUAUUCCCGAAGAAAUCAUUAAUGAAGAAGUGAGUGAGACAGUUCCUAGCAGUAGCAGUGAUAGUUCAGACCCAGAUUUAACAAAGUUGAAAGAAUUAAAAGUAAAAGCAACCGAAUUUCGUGAAAAAAUAAUAAAUGCCACAGAAAUAGACCAAGGCAGGUUUGACGAAACUAAGAAAGCAACAGAGAUAUGCAACAUUUUUGAUAAUGAUAGACAAUUUAAAGAUAAAAAAAAAUAUUUCCUCCAAAAAGCCAAAAAGGCUGAUAUCAAUGAAACAGAAAAUAUUGCUGAUAUUAUAAAGCACGUUAAUGAAUCCUUGAUUCCUACCAUAGAAACAGAAUUAGGAGAAACUUUUUUUGAAACAACUGCUGACGAUAGUCCAACCGAAACCAUUGAAAUUCCCCUGGAUACUAUUACUGGAACAGGAGUGGCUGGGGUAAUUAUUAAUGAUGGUCAAGAUGAAAGCAUAUUUGUAGAAGGCAAUAUGGCUAAUCCGCUAACCGUAGAAAUCACUGGAAUUGGCGGCAAAGGUAAUACUAAAUGGAUUAGAGGUAAAAACCAUUUUGCUCGAUAUACUAUUAAACCAGUGGAAGUAGAAAUAUCAGACUCGAUGGGUAGCACUCGUUUAAUUAUAAUUGAUGAAAUACUUUUAAUUUAUAGAGUUGAUAACAUAGAAUUCCCAUCAAUCACAAAAAAAAAUGAGGAAGCAAAAAAACGAGCAUUAAUGGUUGAAAUCCCUAACUUUAUUACAGAAGACGAAAGUCGAAUAUUUGGUAGUGCUAGUGUCAAUACAAAUAUCGGAAAGGACGAAGUUAUAGAGGCCAAAGCCGCUAGAUAUAAGAGUCGCGAUCUUGAAGGAUUUGACGAACUUAUAAAAGAUAUAAAAAAACAUAAGGAAUUUCUGGAACUUGGCGAGGAAAGACGAAUUGAAAUCAUUAAUGAAUUAGUAAAAAAUGAACGUCCAGAGGUAGUUGCUAAAAAGCACAUUGAGGCUGGAGGAGUGAGUGUUGGAGAAGGAGAUGUUAUCUUAGAAAUUGAAAAACAACUUAUUUUAUGUGAGGAAUUGGAUGAAGAUAAAGUUAAAAAAACAAUUGAAAUAAUUAAAAAAUCUGCUCGGCGAGAACUAGUUUUUUUAAGAACUUCCAACGAAGAAAAAUGGCAAAACGAUUUAAUAACUGAGAAGACACGAGAUAAAAUCUUUUAUGGUGAAGAGGGAAAGUUAAAAUUAGAAGACGAAGAAAUUAAAGAUUGCCGCCAAUUAUUAACCGAUAUUCAAACUAUUCUCACUAAAAAAGAGGAUGAUAUAAAAAAAGGAUUUUUAGCCAGCGAAGAAUGGGGGAAGUUGAAUAACUCUUUAACUAAUGCCUCUGAGGAUUUAAAGGAGAUUAUUAAAGAGACAGAUAAUAAAUUACUAGAAAAGACUUCAUUAGCAAGAGAAUAUUUUGAAUACUACGACAUUAAGGAGAUAAAUAACGAUAAUUUAGCAAAGGCUCAGGAGGAAGAAAUUAAGGAUUAUCCCCCUUGCCGAGAAAAAGAAACGAUCAAAGCGACAUACUACCGAGGCUUCCAUCUAAUUUAUCGAAAAAAAGAAGCCGUUCAAAAAAAACUUGAACGAAUUAAAAAGUUGGCUGAGAAAAACUUCAGCGAUUACCAAAAGAUCUGGGAAGAAAUUGACAAAAUUUUGAAGAAGAAUAUCGAGACCGAUUAUAACCUGGACCCCUACGAUAUUCCUGGUUCAGAGGACAGCGAGACAACUCCCAUAAAUCUUCCGUUUGUCCCAGAGAAAAUUAAAAAAGAUAUUCAAGAGUUAAAAAGAUUAAUUCCUUCUGAAGGCAACCCAGCAGUGUCAUUAAGCGGAGAAACAUUAUCCGUAGUUCACCAAAAAGUUUUUGCUAAAAAUCAGGAACUCAUAUUAGGCCAUUUAUUGAAAUUAGAAAAGAAAGAAUUUUUGGAAGAGUUUGAUAAUGAAUUAACUGAAAUGGAAAAAGACGCUGUUAAAGAAGAAACAAAAAAUGAUGUUGAACGACAAGCAAAUACUCAGGAAUUAGACAAUAUUGUUGCCAAUCGUAUUGUUCCAAACUUUAAUAAUUUAGAAAAUGAUUUACUACCUGACAAUUUAAAAAGUAGUGAUUUAUUUAAAAUUUUGGAUGAUAGGUACCGAAAUUUGAAAGAGCAAGAGUUUAAGAGUGAUUUCCGAAAAGAAAAAGAUGCCGGACUGGCUACUGACGAGGAAAUUAAAUCUUAUUUUGAACUUAAAUUUGAUAAAGAUACUCCUCCCUAUUGA